GAAUUUUCAAAUAUGGACAUAAUCAACAAAAUUUUCUUUCCCCAAAGAGACUCGUCCAGCGACGAUGAAUCUAAAGAACAAGACUGGAGAGACAACGAGAAUGCAGACUGGAUGGCAGAAGGCUACGAAGAGGAAUAUGAAGUCUCAGACCCUGGUGCCCUCGAGCCAAGACUGAGACAGAACGCAGAAAGACCUAGAGUGAUGAGCGAGAGAGAAGUAAGAGAGAUCAUGAACCAAUACAACCAAAAAAUUAAUGAACAUACUCGAAAAAUAGAAGGUCUCAAAUCCAAGAUUGGCAAAAUCAAUAAACAGACUAUCGCAGCCGCUUCAAAACUGACCAGGCAGAAGGAUAAGUAUAAGACAACCAAGCAGCAUCUCAAAGAGACAUUCGAAGAGAAAGAACGCCUCAAGCUCCAACUUGAGAAUAUCAAUACAGCCAUUUCCAUUGAGGCCAAAGGAAGAAAAAUAGAGAAAGAGGACCAGAAGGAAGUCAGGAAUAGAAUCGUGCAAGUUUUAACGACACUUCUACCAGAAAGAGAAGAUAUUGAGGACCUUGUCUCCCAUAUUGCCCACUUGAGCGGCACCAGUCAUAGACUGGAGUACCUCAAGCAAGAGAAUUUCGAACUGAGAAGUAAAUAAGGAGGAAGAAGAGACAGAGAUAGAAAUUAUGAAUCUCCCUGAUUCAAUCAAAGACAGCCAAGUCAUCGUCAGAAACAGUGAUAAAAUUCUGUAUUACCACCCUGGUCAAUUAAGGUUCUAUUCCUGUAAAGGUUGAGGAGGAGAUGCGUACUACCAAUGUUGCCUUAUGUGAGCCAAUUGAAACCCUGGAUGCAGACAGAAGGAGACAAAAGACAUUCUUUAACCCAGUCC